AUGGCUCCAACAAUUGCCGUGGCAGGCGCAACUGGCGGCGUGGGAAAGACGAUCGUUGAGCAGAUCUUGAAUGAGGGGAGGUUCCCGGUUAUUGGGUUGACUCGACAGGAACAUGUUGAGUCCCCGGUUAGCGGUGUACAAUAUGUGCAAGUAGACUAUGAGGAUAUCUCUGCGCUUGCACAACAUCUAGAAUGUCAUUCAGUACAUACAGUGAUAUGCGCUAUUGGCAUGUUAGGAAAUGAAUGUUCAGAAGCCCAAAACAACUUAAUCAAAGCUUCAGAGCAGACACAGACAGUACAAAGGUUCAUGCCUAGCGAAUUUGGCUAUGCGACAUUCGAGGAGAGAAGGAAUAUCGACCCAGGUGUCGAUUGGUUCCUGACAGCUGCAGAUCUCUUGAAAAAAAGCAGAUUGAGCUAUACCCGACCCGUGUGUGGUGCUUUCAUGGACUUUGUAGGAAUACCACAUGCAAAAUCAAAUGUUCCUCCUAUGACUAUUGCUGUUGAUGUUCUGAACCGAGAGGCCUGCAUUCCGGGGGAUGGAACCAAUACUAUAACGAUGAUUUAUAGCUACGAUGCUGCAACGCUAGUAGCAAAGAUGCUAGAGGUCGAAGAUUGGCCUGAGUUCACAUUCUGCAAUGGAGAAGAUACUACACUGGGCAAAGUCCUGGAGCUAGCAGAAGAGAUUACCGGCGAGAAGUUUAAAGUAACCUGGAUGAAGCCUGAGGAUGUCAGCAAUGGAGAUGUUCCCAGUAUGACACCGCUUGAAGGAAGUGGAAUUCAGCCCGAGGAACAAAAGGCAUAUGGAUCCUUUGGCUAUCAACUAUAUCUUGCCGAUGGAUUUAAAUUGCCAACUGAAGGUCGAGUGGGUGAUAAAUUCCCUGGUUUCAAGCCCAGAUCAGUUCGGGAUUUCAUGACUUCCGUAUGGGCUUCACGUGUCUAG